GAGUGCCACUCCCCGAAAAAAGCUAACUUUUUGAGAAUUCUCUCUCUCUCUCUCUCUUCAUUAGCUUUCCAUUGCCCAACCACCGAGCUCAUCAUUUGCCCACUGAUUCCGCGAGUCCGCGACCUCCGGUGGUGGUGGCGGAGCAACCAACCACCAAAGUGGAUCCUCACACACACCCAGAGGAAAGCAAUCUUCUUGUGCAAUGCACGUUCUUGAUGACAUUCUUGAUCUCUUGAAGUCCUGACCUCUCGGCCAUGGACGCAGCCACCAAGCCCCACAAGAAAAAGAAGUGGUUUUUGCUUCUCGUCUCGGCGCUGGCACUCUCCACUUUGCUCGUCUUCUUCGCCGUCUUCACUUCCUCUGCUGCUUCUUAUCCUUCUCGGUUUUUUCACCGUGCCCAUGUCGAGAGAGAGCUUCCGGUCUUCGUUGAGACCAAGUUGAAGGUCUCCGCGACCCUGGAUGACCCGAUUCCGAGAUUGGCAUAUCUCAUUUCCGGUUCGAUGGGCGAUGGGGAGAGCUUGAAGAGGACGCUGAGAGCUCUGUACCAUCCGAGGAACCAGUACGUGGUUCACUUGGACUUGGAGGCCUCGGUGGAGGAGAGGCUGGACUUGGCCAGGUUCGUGAGGAGUGAGCCCCUGUUUGCGAAAUUGGGCAAUGUGAGGAUGAGUGUGAGGGCGAAUCUGGUGACGUAUCGAGGGCCGACGAUGGUGAGCAACACGCUUCAUGCUGCAGCAAUUCUGCUGAGGGAAGCAGGGGAGUGGGAUUGGUUCAUUAACUUGAGCGCUUCAGAUUAUCCCUUGGUGACCCAAGAUGAUUUGCUUAGCACUCUGUUGACUAUGCCCAGAAACUACAACUUCAUCGAGCAUACCAGCGAUAUUGGUUGGAAAGAGUACCAGAGAGCCAGGCCUGUUAUGAUUGAUCCGGGCCUGUACAGCGUGCAAAAAUCUGAUGUCUUUUGGGUCUCAGAGAAGAGAAAAGUGCCUUCUGCAUACAGGUUGUUUACAGGUUCUGCCUGGAUGAUGCUCUCUCGGCCCUUCGUUGAGUAUUGCUUAUGGGGAUGGGACAACCUCCCAAGAAUUGUGCUCAUGUACUACUCCAACUUCCUUUCUUCACCAGAAAGUUAUUUCCACACAGUCAUUUGCAAUGCUAACGAAUUCAUUAAUACGACUGUGAACCAUGACCUCCACUUCAUAUCCUGGGACAACCCUCCGAAGCAACACCCACAUUUCCUCACACUCAGUGAUUUCCAGAGGAUGGUAGAUAGCAAUGCCCCCUUUGCAAGAAAAUUUGGCAGAAACGAGCCGGUUCUCGACAAGAUUGACUCUGAGCUACUUGGUCGAAGUGCAAAUGGAUUUUCGCAAGGUGCAUGGUUUAACAGCGAGGGAAGCGUUAACAGAACAUAUGCUGAUCAUGUCACACCCAACAUUACAGAGUUGAGGCCUGGUCCUGGAGUUGAAAGGCUCAGGAAGCUCAUCACCGGUCUGUUAUCCGGGGAUAACUUUCAUGCAAAUCACUGCACAUAGUGAGAUAACUUCCGAGCCAAGGGACUUGUUUUGGGCACCUGUGCACCCGUUGUCCACCUUGUGAUUGCUAGGCCAUAUGGUGCUCUUAAGUCAACUGGUAAUGAAGGAUCACCAUUUGAAAUAUACUAGAUGAAAAAUCCGGCUACUUGCCUUCUCUGAUCUGGAAUCUCACUGAACUGUUCAGAUCACAAAGGGACAAGUAAUGUAUGUGCCGGAGCUGGAAAAGUUGAAGACGGGAAGUUCUUAUCUUCAACCGCUGCUUUAAAUCAGUAAUGGGAGCGCAAGAUUCAGCCUCAAAUAUUGUUUAGCACACGCGUUAUUUACUGUACUUUCGCAGUUCUUGGUAUACUUAACAGAAGCAUGAUAAACAUGUAAGGGGG